AAAUCUCGCGAUGUUCUCUGAGAGCCAAAGGCGCUCUAGUGGCGGGAGUAAGCUCCUGUUGUCCAAUUCCGUUGGUCCCCGAAGAGCAGCCGAGCUCUCCUGAUUGGUUGAUGGACUGCCGGUCUCCGUUCAAGGCCCACCUUCUGUCUCUGUCGGCUUCCGAUAAACCAUGGCCCUUAGAGCAUGUGGCUUGAUCAUCUUUCGAAGACACCUUAUUCCCAAGAUGGACAACAGUACAAUUCAGUUUCUUCUGCUACAGGCGUCAGAUGGCAUUCAUCACUGGACUCCUCCCAAAGGUCACGUAGACCCAGGAGAGAAUGACUUGGAAACAGCCCUGAGGGAGACUUGGGAGGAAGCAGGCAUAGAAGCAGGCCAGCUGACCAUCAUUGAGGGGUUCAGAAAGGAGCUCAAUUAUGUGGCCAGAGAGAAGCCUAAAACAGUCAUUUAUUGGUUGGCAGAGGUGAAGGACUACAACGUGGAAAUACGCCUCUCCCACGAGCACCAAGCCUACCGCUGGCUGGGGCUGGAGGAGGCCUGCCAGUUGGCUCAGUUCAAGGAGAUGAAGGCAGCAUUCCAAGAAGGACACCAGUUUCUCUGCUCCACAGCAUCCUGAGCAGGCAUUUUCUUCUGUGGCAUUCUCGGGGGCCUUCGGAGAUUAACCUACCCUCAAUUUAAUGGAAAGAUGUACUGAUCUGGUUUGUUGUAGCCAAGAGGGGAUAAAUUAGUGAAAUCAAUUUAGAACUCUCAGAUAAAAACAAUAAAAAUUUUAAGGCCAGGGAUUUAGCUCAUUGGUUCCACUGCCUGCCUCAAAAG